CGGAAACAAAACUUAAGGUUCCGACAAACAAAAGCCACCAGACGUGGAAGCAGUUCUCUCUUUCAGAAGAAAAUAAAUCGAAUUUUGGAAAAAAAAAUAGUCUGAAAGACAGAAACAACGACAAGGAUGGCCUCUGUUAAACCUUCCUGGUCUGAAGAGAACUUUUCAUGUCCCAUCUGUCUGGAUGAGUUCAGUAGCCCAGUCACCACACCAUGUGGACACAACUUCUGCAGAACCUGCAUUACUAAGUUCUGGGAUGAAAACGUCCAGUGCAAAUGUCCUGUUUGCAACGAGCUUUUCCAUGCAAGACCUGAUCUACGUGUCAAUAUACUCUUAUUAGAGCUGGCAGCUCAGAUUAAAAAGUCUGUACGAGUAAAGGAGCAGCCUUUUGUUGAAUCAGCAGAAGUUCCCUGUGACGUCUGUACUGGGACCAAGCUGAAGGCCGUGAAGUUCUGCCUAGUGUGUUUAACCUCUUACUGCCAAACCCACCUGGAGCCACAUCAGAGAGUCGCAGUCCUGAAGAGACAUCAGCUGGUCGAGCCUAUGGACCGCCUGGAAGAAAGGAUGUGUAAUAAACAUCACCGACUUCUGAAACUCUUCUGCAAGACUGAACAGGAGUGUGUGUGUCAGUCCUGCACAGAGACAGACCACAAGUUCCAUGCUGUUGUACCUCUAAAGGAGGCGUAUGACGUGAAGACGGCCCAGCUGGGGAAGAUAGAGGCUGAAGUUCAGCAGAUGGUCCUGAGCAGAAUACGAAUGAUUCAGGGGAUUAAAGACACAGUAGAAUUUAGCAAAAAAGACGCAGAUAGAGAGAUAGCCGAUGGUGUGCAGGUCUUCACCGCUCUGAAGCGCCACAUUGGAAAGUGCCAGGAUGAUUUCCAUCGAGCGGUUAAAGAGAAACUCAAUUCCACAGAGAAACAAGCUGAAGACUUCAUCAAAGAGCUGGAACAGGAAAUAAAAGACUUGACUAAUAGAAGCUCAGAGGUGAAGCAGCUCUCACACACUAAAGACCACCUCCACUUCCUCCAGGCCUUCAGAUCCCUGAAGAAUACUCCACCCACCAGGGACUGGAAGACGGUGGAGGUCCGUCCUCCUUCAUACGUAGGGACCUUGAAGAGAUGCCUGGAUCAGCUGGAGGAGACACUUAACAUGGAGAUGAAGAAGGUGCCUGACCUGAAACCAGGCAUAAAGAAGUAUGCUUGUGAACUCACGCUGGACCCGAACACAGCCCACAGACAUCUCUCUCUGUCUGAGGAUGACAGAGAGGCGACACAGCUUGGACGCAAUCAAGGGUAUCCUUUUCACCCAGGAAGAUUUGACUACCGUAGACAGGUGUUGUGUAGAGAGGGUCUGAGUGGCCGCUGUUACUGGGAGGUAGACUGGGAAGAAAGGGUGGAUAUAGGAGUGACAUACAGGGGAAUCACAAGGAGAGGAAGGGGGGAUGACAGCUUGCUUGGAGAGAACAACAUGUCUUGGUGUCUUCAAUGUAAUGAUAAUAAUGGUGAUGAUUUUUACUCUGCCUACUUCAAUGGUAGUGAAACCAAAAUACCUUUCGCCUCUCACUAUAACAGAGUAGGAGUGUAUCUGGACCGGCCUGCUGGCAUUCUGUCCUUCUACGAAGUGUCCCCAGAUGUAGGAGGGACCUCAGACACACUGACACACAUCCACACCUUCAUGCCUACAUUCACUCAGGACCUCUACCCUGGGUUUAUGUUAUAUGAUUAUGGUUCCACAGUGUCUCUGUGUCAGCUAUAGUCUCUUCCCUCCUUGCUGCAUGGUGGGAUUUUGGUCUCUAUAGAGUGAGUGACUUUCAAACGGUAGUAUCCUUUGUGUCUGUGUCCUUGUCAGUGUGUAAAUACAGCGGGUCUAGGGAGUGUUUUGUGAUCUUUGCAGCAAGCCAGCAAUUGCUGGGCAACAUUUUUGUUUGGUCACAAUGACAGAGAUAACCAAACUCAGAGGUAGUGGGCCAUGGUAGAGAACAGUCUGUCAAAAACAUGGAAUUGAAAAUUAAAGACUAUUUUUAAAACAAACAAUUGUUUGUUAAGUCAGUAAAGGCCUAAUGGGGGUUAAAGAGAAGGGGUCUUCUCUGACCAAGAGAUCUACAGGUUGAAGAAAAUCAGAGAACUGAAUGAUGAUGGCGGUGAAAAGAUAAUCUGCAUCCUAGUGAAUUUUUAUGGACGGGAAUAACAAAAUAAGAAGCAGACAGAAAAUCUGUUUGAAAACUAAUUUGUGUUCCUAAAACAUGUGUAUCUAAACAUAGAUAUAUCCAUUGACAUACAAUAGCUUUAUAUUUCUAUGCGUGAUGAACCAAUACCUUAUAAAAUAUUGGCCAUCAUACAUUAUUAGAUUCCACUAUAUUCUAAAAUGUGUGUUUUCUCAGUUGCUAUACAAUUGCAAAUGGUUGCAGUUAGAGCAUGUUUGGAGUAGACCGUGUGGUAGAAAUUAAUGAUUAUAUUCUAUGGUAAACUAUGAUUAUUAUUAGGCCUGUAUAUCUUAAUGGUAGAAAUCACACGGUGCCUGGGAGUCUGGGGUCAGAGCGUAUGUUGGAAGGACCCAUGAUAGGGGCAGGAAGCUGCGGGGUUAAUGUGUGCUGACCUCAGACUGGUGUCCUAAAUUAUUAUUUUUGAAACCUUGAACAAAGAAACUGUUGUGUGUGUGUGGAUAAAGAAGAAGCUGAUCCGUUGACCACGAGUGACUCUGCAGACCCACACGGCUGUUAUCGUCGUUGUUCUUCUUCACGAUAAAGUCUUCUGUCAAUACUUGCUCUGGACCCCUCGAUUACUUUUACUCUCUCUCUUAAACUAGUCGAAGUGUUUUAUAUCUCGGUUAAAAUCUACCACAACAGUUGUUUAUCAUAAUAAUCUUGACAUUACUAUAAAUUAAUAUUUCACAAUCAUAUACACUUUUCUGAUUUCAAUAAAAUUUAAUAAAAAUUAAUCUGUGUA